AUGUCUCAGAAUUUUCUGUGUUUAGGUCUGUGCCUUUGUUACGUUCUAUUUAUGAACAUUCAGACCGCUGAUUCCUCUGCCCCAACAGGUAAGAUAAAAUAAUCUCCUAUUAAAUUACUAAGUUAAAUAAUCCUAAUCCUGGAUUAGGGUUUUCUUACAUUUCUAGUCUCUUAGUGUAGAACUCGGAAAAGUUACAAAAAUGUCCCCCUUUCCCACACUUAUUGUUGAGAAUUUCCGCUCUUUCACAGACCGUGUAAUUUUUUACUUCACCUACCAUGUAAGAUACGUUCGGAAAUUUCCUAAAUUGCAAAGUAGCUGACUACUCUAAGCUUCAUAAAUGUAUCCAAGCUUGAAAUCUUAACUUGGAGGCUUGAUAGACUGGAUAAUUCAUAGAAACAACCAAGUGGUUGUUUCUUAAUUUCUCGUUGUAUUUUCAAUCUGCAUACUGACCCGGAAACUUCGUUGAGAUUUCGAUACUACAAAGUUAUUUGGGAUAUAUACACUCACACCUAAUAGUAUGUGUUUGCUCUGAUCCUCGAGUUAAGUUUUUAAGUCUGCUAUCUUUAAAAAUAUUUUCCAUCUUUUGUGUUUUGACUUAUAACAGUAAUUUAAAAAAUCCUUACAGGCUAAUAUAUUAUGCAAAAUUGAUCACAUUCUUGAAAUUAGGUUCCGCUACUUGUCAGUGUAAACAGUUUCUGCAUUGGUUAUAGCAAGUGCUCUAUUGUUCGAGAGAACUUCGAUUCUUACUUUUUUUUUUAACUCGAUAUGAUUUUCCUCCUCUGCAAUGGUUAGGCACUAACAUGCUAAAUUCGUUUUAGGAAUAAUCUUCGUUCACUAUUCUGUUACAGUUCAUUCCUGUUCUCAUAAAUACUUAUCUGAUCUUGCGAGAUUUCCGCAAUUCAUUUUAGUGCUUCCUGUUUCAGUUUCCAUCGUGGUCUUUUAGAUUGUUUUGAACUUUUUAAAAGAGAGGGCAAGAUCGGAAGUUUACAGGCGUUCAGUUUUCACACAGUCAUGUUUAAAGUUAUACGUCUCCAAUUAAACAAAUGAAAAAAUAAUCCGUGUGAACGUUACUUAAAUUCAAUACUGCACCGGAAAGCUUAAAAAUCAUCAGAGAAAAUCGAUAUUUAUCAAUAAUAGAUAGAGUAUUUGGCCACUUGAUUCCUUUGGACCUGUUCCUUGCGAGUGAAAAUAUUUGGUCGCUCAUAACAUCCACUACCUGCAUUGUCCUCAUGAGGGUGAUGCUACAAAACAUUAAAUGCAAUACAAAAUUAUAAUGUCGAUUCUUAGACAAAUCAGGCUCGAAAUUUAUAAUUAUAACUUCUAACUACACAACCCUUCAUUCAGGGAAAAGGUCUGACUAGUACUUCGUGUUUUAUACAAUUUAAUUUAAUACGUUUUAUAUAUUAAGUAAUAUUGCAGGAAUUUACGUUUCUGAAUGUUAUAAUGGAAGUCAGGGGUAUGGAGCUGUUAUCCAUAACCUUGAUCUCUAAAUUUACAUUUCCUCUUUCGCUUAUCAAACAGAAAAUUCCUCGAGAGAGCCAACACUUUCUGCGCCAGAGAGAGGUAAGCGUGUAAUCAAACAUGUCUAAGCUAACUAGUAUGAGAAUAAAGAUUUAAUUUUUUUUGAAAAUUUCAACGAAUUUCAGAUGAUCCAACUGGGGCAAUGCUACCCACAUCUACCCGCGCACCUGACCAAAAAACUCCCUCGCUUUUUUUUUUCACUCCUCCGCUACUAUCACACAAUUUCUGUUCCGCUCCGUUUUGCACUCUGAAUGCCUGGUACAGGCUAGAUUCAUUGACGAACGCACUACUUGUAAAAGACUGAACACUUUAAUACAGACAUAUUUUCCGUAUAUUUUCAUCGAAGAGUAAGUAUAAAAGCAUAAUCUGUAAGAGGGUCUGAACAAAAUAAACCGACUAGCAACAACUGACUACUGACAAAACGCAAAAAUAAUUACCAAUUAGCGACAAGAAAAUAUUAAGCGACAAAGGACAUGGUUCAAAAUUAUCGAUGUUUAUGUAUUCAGAAAGAAGAGCAUUCUGCUUAAGAGGUAGACAACUCAAAUUUAAGAAUUUUUCAAACUUUUUAAUGGCAGUGAAGGAGCGCGGGCUCAUUUUGAGAACAACGUCCGCCCACAACGUAUAUGAAUAAUUAACUUGCAUUUUGAAUCAUUAUUCAGAUUUACAAACUACCAUUAGAAAUACAAAAAUUUAACCGACUGCCCACAAAGCGAUGAAAUUCUAACCGACAAUCGACAUGAGGACUCCCGGCCUCAUUCCGACAUUGCUGCAAGUCUUCCACCUAUCGAAACAAAUGAUUAGCAGAUCAGCAGAGUCUUGUCGGUAGAAAAACGUUUUUUGCGCUUACUCAAAAGUAUGAGAUUCAAGUACACCUGACGUACAAAUCGAUAUAAAUCGAUAUAAGUCUUAGAUCACUCGAAAAUUAUUCAUGGUCGCCUUUUAUUUGUUACGGAUAUAAAUUUCUCAUGCCCUGGAAGGGAGUAAAGCUUAAGUUUGUUAGGGGACAUUUUCCCCAAUUAUCAUAUUAUUAUUGAAUAUCAAUAGUAUUGCGCUGCUUUUUUUAAAUUUCGUUUUGAACUAGAAACUAAGACAUACUUUUUCUUUCUCAGCUUGGCGUUUAAGCGGGUUUGUUAUCGCCUAUUUCGUCACCUUGGCAGUAGUUGCAGCCAUGCUUUACUGGUUGUCACGCCAAACGAAAAAGGAUACGACAAAUGGAGAUGAGUUACAGAUGAACACGUCACCGCUGGAAGUUGGCAUAACUCACCAAGUAGUUGCUGAAGACUCCGAGAGUCCAGAGAGUGUUACAGUUCUCUUUAAUAACAACACAAAGUUUUAAGUUGAGGACAAAAAAAAAUACAUAAACUUCAUUUACAUUGUAAAUUCUUGUAGAUUUAUCUACUAAACACCAUUCUACUUCAGUACCACCGUAGUAUUUUGCUAUGCGGGCCUUAGUAUCUUAGAAUAGCUGACUCGCUUUAUAUCAUCGAUCGAGUAACGUCAGCAAGAUUGUUGUAGAGUCUUAUCCAUAGCAGCUCCACGGCUAAGGAACAGUCGGCCAACUUAAAUGCGUCUCUUUCUUACUCAUUUUGAUUAGAAGAGUAUUUCUUGAAAAUAUCGAUGCUAUGAUGCCCGUUUACAUUACCUGGAUUUUUUCUAUCACGGCAAAAAAAUAAAAGAGCGGUUAAGUCAGCGUUUUCUUAUAACAAACGAAGACACAAAGCCAUUGUUUUCAAUUUAUGUGAAUAAGUUGUACUUUGUUUUUGGUAGACUGUUUGGACGAAUUAAGUAGCCUGCCUGGUGGACGUAGCCGUAGAAAUAGAUUCUUAAUCUACGUAGUGUGGACGAAGCGCUGAUCAUUGAGGUUAAUUCCUCUCGAAAUCAUUUCUAUCUGUUUACAGUUUGCAUGUUAGACGAGAUUUUCAAGGAGUGGAAAUGUCCUAGAUCUUCCGUGAAUGUACUUUGUGGGCAAUUAUUUCAAACCCGGCUCGACAUCGGAGGAAACGAUCUCCGUUUUAUUAGUAGUUUUUUGGGUUGUAGAGUUUUUAACAUUUGCAAAAGACUUAUCUGUGGCACCUUCAAGACUGUGGAAUAGUGCGUCGACUUCACUGCGUGUCAGCGAAAUUCUGAAAUUUUUAUAAGGAAAUAACGUCCCGAAACUGAAUAAAAAAUAUUUAAUUCUUAACGCUACUUGCGCGAUUAUAAAGAAGAAACUACCCGUUCGAAAAC